AUGGGUGUGAACGGUCUUUGGACGGUCGUCCAACCAUGCGCCCGGCCAACGAACCUUGCGACUCUCAAUCGCAAACGCCUCGCCGUCGAUGCCUCAAUCUGGAUCUACCAAUUUCUCAAAGCCGUGCGUGACAAGGAAGGAAACGCCUUGCGCAAUUCGCAUGUCGUCGGUUUCUUCCGUCGCAUAUGUAAGCUUCUCUGGUUCGGCAUCCAGCCUGUUUUCGUCUUCGAUGGCGGCGCACCUGUUCUCAAGCGACAGACUAUUCAGCACCGAAAGCGCAGACGCGAGGGCCGUCGCGAAGAUGCUGUUCGAACAGCUGGUAAGCUGCUGGCCGUACAGAUGCAGCGCAUUGCGGAAGAAGAUCAAGAUCGUAGGCGGAGAGAUCGAGAACGUGAUAUAUCAGCCCGGGAAGAGGAACAGCAAGAAGUUAUUCCCGAUACGAGUCAACUUGUGUACGAUGACGAGGCUCUCUUAUCUCAAAAGGAAAGACAGAAGGGAAGGACAUUUCGAAAACAAGAUGCCUACCAUCUACCAGAACUCGAUGGAGGUAUCGCAUCCAUGGGGAAACCAGAAGAUCCACGAAUUAUGAGCGUUGAAGAGUUGGAAGAGUACGCGCGACAAUUCCAUGCUGGAGAGGAUAUCAAUCUCUACGACUUUAGCAAAAUUGAUUUCAAUGGUGAGUUUUUCAAGAGCCUCCCGGCCGCAGAUCGAUACAAUAUUUUGAACGCGGCAAGGCUCAGAAGUCGAUUGAGAAUGGGCCUCAGCAAGGAGCAGUUGGAAGAAAUGUUCCCCGAUCGCAUGGCUUUCUCCAAGUUCCAAAUCGAUAGAGUCAAGGAGCGAAAUCAUCUCACCCAACGUCUCAUGGCAGAAGUUGGUAUGACUGGUCUCGACCUAACUAUUGGAGUUAAUUCGAGAGUUGCUGGUGAAAAGAACAGAGAGUAUAUCCUUGUGAAAAAUGACGGCGCAGAGGGAGGAUGGGCUUUGGGUGUGGUCAGCCGGGAGAAGGACGUUGGAGAAGCGCAUAAACCAAUCGAUGUGGAUGCCAUCCAAGUCCAAUACCAAUCCAAGGAAGACGAAGAGGAUGAAGACGAGGAUUUCGAAGAUGUUCCUAUUGAAGGUCUGAAUCGACUACCAAAGCCUUCCGCCUCACAAAUUGCUAGUUAUCAAGCAGCCCAAGACAACGCGACACGACGCCGUCAAUUAUACGGUAGCCAUCAAAAAGAGUCUCAUGUUGAGGGAGAAGAGUCCCUUUUUGUAGAUGGCAAUCUUGGAACUACGAAGGAUUUGUUCGAAGCACCAUCUCAAGAGGCGAUGUAUGCUGACGAAGAAGAUGAUCUUAACCGUGCAAUUGCCAUGUCGUUACAAAAACAACAUGGCGUCGGACAAGAAUCAGAGAAGGAAGACGAGUUUGAAGACGUCCCAAUGGAUGCCCCCAAAUGGACGCAAAAGUCUGUCGAUUUACAAAAGCCCAUUACAGCCAAAGGUGGCUCCAUGAUCGCUCACAUUGUCAACAACAGAGCGAGUGCUGCUGUUCCUAAGCGCCAGGAGCGCGAGGCUGCUGCCGAUAGCGACAGCGAUGAAGACAUGCAAACAGUACUUGCGAAGGCCAGGAUGAAAAAGAAGCCUGAGCCGAAACCAAAGCCAAAGGCGAUGUUUGUACCUGUGGUUGAAAACAAGAAGAACCCGUUCGAUGGUCCACUGCCUUUUCCAAAGCUCAAUUGGGGCUCUUCCCUUUUCGCAAACAAGAAGACUCAAGAAAGCGGCCCAAACAAGGAGACUGAGGCUCCCACCAAAGACUCGACACUUUCGAAUGAGGAAGAGGACGAUAUGGCCGGUGGCUUUGAAAGAGAGCAGCUGGAUGAGAAUGCGCCAAAACCACUGCCACCGUGGAUGGUGGAUGACACAGAUAUUCGAGAGUCGGUCAAAAAACAGCAAGAAGCAGAACGGGAGAUCAACAACGCAGACAGGCAGGCAGCCGAGGAAGAACAGAGAGCCUACCGUCGGCAGAUGCAAGAUCGCCUGAUCCAAAUUGACUCUUCUUCAGAUGACGGUAGCGAUGUUGAAGUCCUCGAUAAAGCACCAUCACCAAAGAAGGUUAUCCAGAGAGAGCCCAGUGUCGUCGAAGUUGAGGAUGAGCCUGUAGCCACAAACGAGAACGUUGCUCGACCUCAAGAGCCAGAAGCCUUCCCGGAACAAGUGGCAGAUGAUACCCACGAGCCUUCACCUGCACGAGAAGCUGAAGGGCUUACGGAUCGCACAAAGGUAGCUCCGGCUGAGCCAGUGAUAGAGGAGGACAAGGAUGAUUCCCGAAAAUCAGAAUCACCCGAGCUGGAAUUUGAGGAUGUGGUGCCUACCAACACUUUGACCGAGAUUGCUGUAGAAAAGAGCCCUACACCUAUCUUCGAGGAACCUCCUUCCAUCAACGCCCCAGUUGUGGACGGAGGAAACCAGGAACCCGAUCUUGAGGACGAUGGCCUCUUUGACGAUGUUGAGUAUGACGAGUUCAGCGAUCCUGGUGACGAAGAGCUUAUGGCAUCGCUGGCCGAAGAAGCUGAAGAGCACGCCCGUUUUGCUAGUGAACUCAACAACAAAACUGCCGAGCAGAACAAGGAAGACUACGAAAAAGAGUUGCGCGCUCUACGAACCCAGCAGAAGAAAGAUCGCCGAGAUGCCGACGAAGUGACCCAAGUAAUGAUUACAGAGUGUCAAGCUCUUCUUCGACUCUUUGGCAUCCCUUAUAUCACGGCCCCUAUGGAAGCUGAAGCGCAAUGUGCUGAGCUAGUUAGUCUUGGACUUGUCGACGGCAUUGUGACUGACGAUUCCGAUACUUUCUUGUUUGGUGGAACACGAGUUUACAAGAACAUGUUCAACAGCAACAAGUUCGUUGAGUGUUACCUGGCGGGAGAUAUGGAGAAGGAGCUGUCUUUAUCUCGCGAGCAACUCAUUUCACUUGCUCACCUACUUGGAUCUGAUUAUACUGAGGGAUUGCCUGGAGUCGGACCCGUUACCGCAUUGGAGAUUCUUUCUGAGUUUCCUGGCAAGGACGGUCUGGACAAGUUUCGCGAAUGGUGGAAGUCGGUGCAAUCACAAACGCGGCCUAAGGAUGCUGAUGUUUCCACCCCCUUCCGGAAGAAGUUUCGCAAGUCACAAGGUACCAAGCUCUUCUUACCGCCGGGAUUUCCUAGCCCAGCCGUCUACGAUGCAUACCUGCACCCUGAAGUAGAUGACAGCAAUGAGAACUUUCAAUGGGGCGUGCCUGAUGUGGAAGGAUUACGACAGUUCCUGAUGGCUACCAUUGGUUGGAGUAAGGAGCGGACAGACGAGGUGCUUGUGCCAGUGAUCAAAGAUAUGAACAAGCGAGACCGCGAAGGUACACAGAGCAAUAUUACCAGAUUCUUCACAGGUAGUGUUGGAGCUGGAGCCAAGGAUGCAUUUGCGCCUCGGCAAAAAGCUCAAGGAAGCAAGCGAAUGGCUGCGGCAGUUGAUCGCCUCCGAGCAAACACUACUGGCCAAGCCUCAGGGGCUGUUGAGAACGGGGGAGGAAAGCGAAAGAGAGCGUCAAGACGGAACGCAACAGACACAACAGGUGAUGAUGAAUAUGCCGAGGAAGAUGGUGAGCAAGACGAGGAAGCGCCUACAAACAGUCGUGGAAAAGGGAAGCGCGCAAGAGCAUCGUAA